UCCAGGACCAGGGUUGGAGACCACUGCCUUAUACUUUUCUGAGCCCUGGACUUUCCACCUCUGCUUGAAAACCACAUACCUUUAAUGCACUUUGCUGUGGUGAAGGAAAACAUACCCAUAAACAUGUCAAUUUGCAGACUUAAUUCUGAGUCGUUAUGCAGAAGCCUUUGUUGCAACAGUUCCCCACCGUUACAAUUUAUUUCCCCUAAAACGGAAUCGGUUUAAGCAUACACAUUACGUAAAUACUAAACCGAUAUCCAAAUAUGUUCUACAUUUAGCAAUACAUCGACGUUGUUCCCAAGAGGGGCGUCUUCCACUCGGCCUACUCUCCAAAGGAUGACAAGAAAUCGUGUAGCUUUGCGUUCAACGCGCACACCAGAGCUAAACGGACAUACGCGCGCACGCGACCUCUAUGCCUUGGACAUUAGUUGAUGAUCUGCGCAGUGCGCCGUCGAGUCACUCAGUGGAACACGCUGUCGUUCUGUUGCACAUUUUAAUCAGGCAUUUCUCUGCGUCUUGUUGGAACACGCAAUUUUUUUUAUCGACUAAUGCAUUUGGCUACAUUUAAUUAAAUGAUAGGUUACGCGCAAACCUGGAAAUAAGGAAGUUGUUUAUUAUGCCUUCAAAAAUAACGAAAACGGAGGCUUAAUUUAGAAACUUAGAAAUACGGCGAUUAAUUACCCCCAUGAACGACUUUGCCUGCCGUAGAUUCGUCAUCCUCCAUUGUCUUAUUACCUCCGAUUUUAGGUAUCGAAAUUAUUUCUGGUUUCUUUUCUGGGAAAGUGAAAAAUGUGUCAAUAGUAAAAUUUGAAAAGUCCGGCUCCCAAAUAGUUUCUGUGAAACGUCCAAAUCCGUUCGACCAGCUUAGAUUUUCUAAAUCUAUUUGAGAUGCAGCUGUUAAAACGGAUUAUCCAGAAGGUCGUGACCUUCCAGGAGCUCUCCAAAGGCCUGUCCCACUUCGCCACGCGGGCGUCCCUUCGCCGGAAAUUCGGAAAGUGCCGGAGCUUCGCCGUCAGCCAGCCGCUGAGUCGCACCAAGGUGCUGGCUGCGUCAGACGGAGAGCUGAAUGUUGCGGAGGCUGAGCACCGGGGCAGCAGCCACAGCCUCAACAGCAACUCCAGCCUUCCCAGCAUGCAGUGCGGCCACAACCCCGUGGGCACGGUGGCCAGCUGGGCCGUCAGCUUCGAGAGGCUCCUGGAGGACCCAACCGGUGUGCUCUACUUCACGGCAUUCCUGAAGUCGGAGGUCAGCGCGGAGAACAUCCUGUUCUGGCAGGCCUGCGAGAAGUUCCGGCAGAUUCCGGCCAAUCAGAAAGAGGAGCUGAUGCGGGAAGCUCGCUCCAUCUACAGUACCUACCUCUCCAGCAGUGCCUCCAGCGCCAUCAACAUCGAUGACACGGCACGGACCGAGGAGGGGGCCCUGGAGGACCCCAAACCCGAAAUGUUCAACAAGGCCCAGCAGCAGAUCUUCAAACUGAUGAAGUUCGACAGCUACACCCGAUUCGUCCGGUCACAGCUCUACCAGAACUGCAUGCUGGCCGACGUGGAGGGCAAGCUGCUGCCGGACCUCGGCACCGGGUUCAAGAGCUCGGCGUACAGGAAGAGCGGCCUGAUGGACAGCCCCUCCCCCGGAGACGCCAAGAAGUUUUCCCAGCAGAAGAAGAAGGCCAGAGCGGGCAAGUCUCUGCCAUUCAAUGUCGAACCCGGGUCUGACCGCAGGAGGGGUACCCCCGAGGGCAAGGCCGCCCAUGACAAGCAGCGCGAGAAGAGAGGAUCGUGGGGAGCGGAGCUGCAGGACCAGCAUGUGACCGUCUCCCGGAGAGAGUCCCAGUGCUCCGUCAAAUCAACCAGCAGCGUGGAGCUGGGCUACCUCAGCGUGAGAGGGGAGAAUGGGCGUUCCAGCCCCCGUUCCCUGGAGCAGGAGCGCGCGGGCGGGGCGGGGCGGGCGGAGAAGUACUGCUGCGUGUUCCUGCCGGACGGGACGGCCUCCCUCACCCCCGCCCGGUCUGGCCUCUCCGUGCGGGACAUGCUGGUGGGGCUGUGCGAAAAGAGGGGCUUCCCCCUCAGUGAUGUCAUCAUCUACCUGCAGACCAAGGACAAGGUCUCUCCCCAGCAGCCCCUCUCUCUGGACCAGGACAGUGCGGUGCUGAGAGACCAGCAGGUGACCCUGGAGCUGCGGGUGACCUUUACGCUGGAGGUGGCCCUCACGGGGAAGUCGAUGGGCAUCAUGGCGAAGUCCAGCAAGACGCUGGCGCACACGCUCGCCUCGGUGCUGCAGAAACACCAGCUCCGGCCGCAGGACGCCGUCGUUACCAUGAGCGGGAGCAAGGAGCCCCUGAACCUGAGCAUGUCCGUGUUCCCUCUGGCCAAUAAGAGGCUGGUCCUGGACCGUGCCAAAGCUAAAGAGCAGGCCAGUUCCCCAAAGCUCACCUCCCAGGCUCUUCCAGCAUCUCAGGAGGGACCGGCGGGUCCAGAUGGGGCCGAGAAGCCCCUCCCGUCGGCGGCGGUCAGGAACCGAACCGCAUCCAAGUCCAAAAACGCCGCGCUCCGGAGGGCGUGCGACAUCGACGGGCUGAUAGAUCUCAUCUCCAAGACGCAGUGCUUCCGCGUGGAAGACCAGCGGGGUUUGCUCCGGAAGGAGGACCUGGUGAUCCCGCCAUUCCUGAUGCAGCCCCGGGACCAGGGCGGGGAGGGGCGGACGGAAAAAAGCCGGGGGGAGACUCCGCCCCCGCAGCCCGCCGAGGCUCCGCCCCCAGCCUGCGCAGACUCCGCCCCCGCGACAGCCGCUACCUCCGAGGACCGGUCAGAGCUGGGGAAGCCGGCGGACGGGGCGGAGAAGACGGUACCGGAGCCGGGAACGACGUCGACGGGUCCGGCUCAACGGACCGGCCCGCCCGUCUGCUCCCGGGAGACGACGGUGUGAGCGCGCCUCACCCGGAACGUUUAAAUUCUUCUCCCUGUUUCAUCAGCACAUCCGGGGGGGGGGCUGGGGGGCUGGGGCUGGGCUCUCAGGCUUAUCUGGAGGUAGGCCUCAGGUGACUGCCUUCCACACACCCCUACCCUCGAUGGACACCUUUGAUCACAGACUAUGAUCUCCCACCUCCUUUUCUUGAAGAGAAGAAGAAAACUACAUUUUGGGCAAAAAUGCUAAGUUUAUGGAGGACAUUGGGUGGGGGGUGGGGGGGGCAGAAAAUCUAUUUUAUAAAGGUAUAAUUUAUUAAUCAACUGGUUCAGAGGUCAAAAUGUGGUUGUGAAUUACAGCCCCAUGUCACUAUUUAUUUGGAUCAAAGCUGGUGGUAGGUGCUUGCAGUCCUUCUCCUUUUGCGCGCGUCUGAUGUCCUGCAGACGUUUGUUCAUUUCCUCACUUCCGUAUCGGUAAAGAUAUUCAGGCUGUUUCUAAACGUGGCGAGAAAUCCGCUGUUGAAUUGAUGUUUGUAUCCUAUUGCGUAUGUAAGGGAAUGUGCUGUCGAUGCGAAUAAGCACCCAGAGGAGAUUCUUAUGUACAGCGCAAGACCCUGUAGCAAAGAAUCAUUUUGAUAAACACUUGGCUUUCCAUUUGCCUUCUAUUCUGACAGGACCUACCUGAGAGAGAGGGACAGACCUUGCGAAGAUGACUCAGUUUUGAUCAGAAUUUUUUGUCACUGUGUUUGCUGUUUGGAGUGCAUUGCUGUUGCAUUUUGGGUUUUUUUGGGGCUGUGUAAAUUAUCGCACUGUUUGUUAACACUCACGUGGGUGCUGUGAUCGAGCGCAGUGGGGUAUCCCUCUCUCUGUGUCAGUCUGCUGUCCUAGUCCGACGGGGGCCUCGAUGAAUUUCAUUUCUUCUCUGGCGCUGGAUCCAAUAAACGGACGCAAAACCUGGAAAAAUAAAAAA